AUGUCAGAUAUAUACUCGGGGCUCCAUGUGGAUCAGCGGUUCCCUUCCUUGGAGGAAUUCAAGUCGGUGAUCCGGAGCAUCUCUGUUCGGCAGCAUUGGGAGCUUCGCGUGAUACGAAGCAACAAGAAGAGUGUGGUCAUUGGCUGUCGAUCUGGGGGCAAUUGUUUCUUCCGUGUGGUGUGUCGCUCGAACAAAAACGCAACCUACAUCACUAGUCUGCAGGACAGUCACAGCUGCCGAAGAAGUGUAGACUCCCCGACCAGGACACCAGUGCGUUCCGAAGCCUCACAUGUACGAUUUUUGCUCAGCGAGAUCCCGAGACUGUUUGAUAUGAAAGCUAGGAUCAAGAGUCAGGACGUUGUGGAUGCCGUGAAGCGUUAUCAUGGAUAUGAAAUUUCCACGAGACAAGCGCAGCGUGCAUUGAUCAAACUACAAUCACAAGACGGUCUCAGUCAGAACGAUCAACAAUUGAGUCUAGAUAUGAGCACGGGCGACCAAAACUCGCCAGCCCAAUCUCAACCCGAGUCACAGGGCGAUGCAGGGCCAGCGUACCGGGACCUGUCGGAGACUCGCUGGAUAUCGGAUCCUCUCCAGCCUACGUUGAUGGAGGAUGAUAGUGUAAAUGCUAAUGAACCUUCAGAGAACAAUAUAGCACCAGUACCAUCGCAAUCUAUACGGGCGCCUCAGAUACCACCUCCGAUCGGAAAUCCAGGCCAGUCUGCUGGCAAUGACCCACGCCCUAUGCCCGUAUCGCAACCCGGCAUCGGAUAUACCACUGCUGCUGCUUUACCGAUAGCAGGGCCUUCUCAUUUCAAACCUACAGAUUAUCAGCCACGAAAUGACCAUCCUGGAAUGCCUCAAAUGGUUAUCUCGGAAUUCAAGAUUGAGUUCACCUGUACGACCUGUGGAGCUUUGAAUCAAAGCUUCUUCCCAAACCAGGGCAACGUUUCCGGUGGUCCUUACUUGGGCCAUCAUGGCGUUACAAACUCUGCUGUCACUCGACAUGGUGACCCUUCCCAGCAUGGCCCAGAUGGCAAUCCCGGCGAUGUCGCUGGGGAUGAUGGCUACAAUGUCAACGCUCUCAACGCCCGUGUCAUGCAGAAUCCAUGGGCGACCGGGGACCUGGGAGUCCCUAUUGGUCCGUCUAAUACCUAG